CCUCCGGAGCGGCUGCGGGAGCGGCGGGCGGCCGGGCCGGCAUGCAUCCAUCCCCGCCCGCGGCCGCGGCCGCUGCCCUAGCGGGAAUUACAGCCUCUCCCAGCCAGCUGCCAGCAUGAUUUCAUCUGCUGGAGGAUUUUUGCAGCUGAUCGCUUGAGGUUUUGUUGUUGUUGUUUUGGUUUUUUUUUUUUUUUCCUUUUUUUUUUUCCUCCCUCUGUCUUUGUUUCCUUCCCCCUUUCCCCCCCUUCCCCUCCCUCCAUCCCCCCUUUCCUCCUCCUCCUCUUUUUUAGAAGCAGCAAUCGGAGAUGGAUGUCUCUCUUUGCCCUACCAAGUGCACUUUCUGGAGGGUAUUUUUGCUCUGGAGCAUUUGGGGAGACUAUCUGCUUUCGGUGCUGGCUUGCCCUGCUAAUUGUCUUUGCAGCAAGACAGACAUCAAUUGCAAGAAGCCGGAUGAUGGGAACCUCUUCCCUCUCUUGGAAGGGCAGGAUUCAGGCAGCAGCAAUGGCAACACAAGCAUCAAUAUCACGGACAUCUCAAGGAACAUCACUUCCAUACACAUAGAGAACUGGAAGAACUUGCAGACACUGAACGCCGUUGACAUGGAGCUGUACACGGGACUCCAGAGGCUGACAAUCAGGAACUCAGGACUACGAAACAUCCAGCCACGAGCCUUUGCCAAGAACCCCCACCUGCACUACAUAGACCUCUCCGGGAACCGGCUCACCACUCUGUCAUGGCAACUCUUCCAGACACUGCGACUCUUUGAACUGAAACUAGAGAGGAACCUUUUUAACUGCAGCUGUGACAUCCGCUGGAUCCAGCUCUGGCAGGAGAAGGGCGAGGCAAGCCUGCAGUACCAGGAUCUCUACUGCAUGACCAUGGAUGCAGCCAUCAUCACUUUGAAGGAGAUGAACAUCACCCAGUGUGACCUUCCUGAGAUCAGUGUGAGCCACGUGAACCUGACGGUGCGGGAAGGGGAGAACGCUGUCAUCACCUGCAAUGGCUCAGGAUCGCCGCUGCCGGACGUGGACUGGACAGUGGCCGAGCUCCACUCCAUCAAUACCCACCAGACCAACCUCAACUGGACCAAUGUUCAUGCCAUCAAUUUGACCUUGGUGAACGUCACCAGCGAGGACAAUGGAUUCCUGCUCACCUGCAUUGCUGAGAACGUGGUGGGGAUGAGCAAUGCCAGUGUGCUGCUCACUGUCUACUAUCCCCCUCGCAUCCUUACUCUGGAGGAGCCGGUGCUGCACAUGGACCACUGCAUUGCAUUUGCAGUGCACGGGAACCCAGCUCCCACCCUGCACUGGCUGCACAACGGCCAGGUGCUGCGGGAGACGGAGAUCAUCCGCAUGGAGUUCUACCAGCAAGGGGAAGUGUCUGAGGGCUGCCUGCUCUUCAACAAACCCACUCACUACAACAACGGCAACUACACCAUCGUGGCCACCAACCAGCUGGGCUCAGCCAACCAAACCAUCAAAGGACACUUCCUUGAAAAGCCUUUUCCAGAAAGUACGGACAACUUUGUCUCAAUCGGUGAUUAUGAAGUGAGUCCCACCCCACCGAUCACUGUGACCCACAAACCAGAGGAGGACACUUUUGGGGUUUCCAUAGCGGUUGGGCUGGCAGCUUUUGCUUGUGUCCUCUUGGUCGUCCUCUUUAUUAUGAUCAACAAGUACGGCCGGCGCUCCAAGUUUGGGAUGAAAGGUCCCGUGGCAGUGAUCAGUGGGGAGGAGGAUUCAGCCAGCCCUCUGCACCACAUCAACCACGGCAUCACGACUCCGUCGUCGCUGGACGCCGGCCCCGACACGGUGGUGAUCGGCAUGACGCGCAUCCCCGUCAUCGAGAACCCCCAGUACUUCCGACAAGGGCACAACUGCCACAAGCCAGACACGUAUGUCCAGCAUAUUAAGAGGAGAGACAUCGUUUUGAAGAGGGAGCUGGGAGAAGGUGCCUUUGGGAAGGUGUUCUUGGCCGAGUGUUACAACCUCAGCCCCACCAACGACAAAAUGCUGGUGGCAGUGAAGGCUCUGAAAGACCCCACGUUGGCAGCCCGCAAGGAUUUCCAGCGGGAGGCAGAGCUGCUCACCAACCUGCAGCACGAGCACAUCGUCAAGUUCUACGGCGUGUGCGGGGACGGCGACCCGCUCAUCAUGGUCUUCGAGUACAUGAAGCACGGAGACCUCAACAAAUUCCUCAGGGCACACGGCCCAGAUGCUAUGAUCCUCGUGGAUGGGCAGCCUCGACAAGCCAAAGGGGAGCUAGGGCUAUCCCAGAUGCUCCACAUUGCUAGCCAGAUCGCCUCUGGAAUGGUGUACCUUGCCUCCCAGCACUUUGUCCACAGAGACCUGGCCACCAGGAACUGCUUGGUUGGAGCCAACCUGCUGGUGAAGAUUGGAGACUUUGGGAUGUCAAGAGAUGUCUACAGCACUGAUUACUACAGGGAAGGGCCGCGUCUGAAGGGCCAGUUCAGCGCAGCGUGGCAGCGACAGAGACUGGCACCGGCGGCAGCUGCAACAGUUGGAGGACACACCAUGCUGCCUAUCCGCUGGAUGCCUCCGGAGAGCAUCAUGUACAGGAAGUUCACAACAGAGAGCGACGUCUGGAGCUUCGGGGUGAUCCUCUGGGAGAUUUUCACAUAUGGGAAGCAGCCCUGGUUCCAGCUCUCAAACACAGAGGUCAUUGAGUGCAUUACCCAAGGCCGAGUUUUGGAAAGGCCCCGAGUCUGCCCCAAGGAGGUUUAUGACAUCAUGUUGGGCUGCUGGCAGAGGGAACCUCAGCAAAGGCUCAACAUCAAGGAGAUCUACAAGAUCCUCCAUGCUCUGGGCAAGGCCACACCAAUCUACCUGGACAUCCUUGGCUAGCAGUGGCCACUUGUUUGAAGUCCCUGCUCCUUCCUCCCAUCCUUCCUUCCUUCUCCCCAUCCCAAACCCUUUGCCCCUCAGCUCCCAAGCAAACAUCUUCAUAUAAACUCAAGUGCCUGCUACACAUACAACACUGAAAACUAAAAAAAAGCAAAACAAAAAGCAAACCAACAAAAAUCCCACAGAACAACCUGCAAGGCAGUUUGGCUUAUAUAUAUUUAUAGAUAUUUCUCUCUAUAUAACUUCCACACCAAUACAGAAAGAAGCUGCUGUUACAGAAAAUUGUGAGACUAUAUAUUAAAAAAAAAAAAAAAGAAACAAAAAAGGGAGAAAAAGUACUUAAAAAAAUAUAUAUAAUUAAAAAGAAAGAAAAAAAAAAGAGAGAAAGAAAGGAGAAGGUAUCUUCCCCCCGAGCAAUCCAGUGAAAUGUAACCCUGCUGUGACUAUGGUUGGGGCUGCUGGGCAGGGCUCUAGACUGGCUGUGGCAGCGAUGCCAUCCUGGGUAGGAGCCCCAGGAAGAAAGCCUUGUCCUGGUUGUAUGAUAUGCACUGAAUGUGUGAAAUCAGUCCUCCCUUUUCGUCCUUGCCUCCCUCCCUCCUUGCCAGCCCGCAGGUGAUGGGCACAAAGCCAGGGCAGUGCCCCUGGAUGAACUCUCUUUUACCAACCCCUUCCCUCCCUUCCUCUUAGUCCCUCCUCAUCCCCUCUCUCUGCCUUCCUGCCUUCUCCCUCCCUCCAACAUUUCAGGACAAUUUUUCUAAUUUGCUGAUUCUUAACUGUACAGACUCAAGGCUUUUGAACACACAGUCAAAGGAUUGUGGCACCUACGGGUAAAACACGCACCGGUGCGGGCUGCGGCCUGCUGCCAGCGCCGGGAGCGGCGGGACACAGCCGGCAGCCCUGGGACCCGCUCCCGAGCCAUCCCCACCCAUCCCAGCGUGUGAGACAGCAGUGCUGCUGGCUCUGCGAGGAGCAGCCCCCCUCCUCCCCGCCCUCAUGGCUCUUGGUGGCCGUGGGGCUGUUGUCCCCGCUCCCCGCUGUCUGCGCCAGGGCCGGAUCGGCCCCCGGUGUCAGCUCUUAGUGAGCAGGGUUGGAUCCUUGCUCCCCGCACGGGGGAAAGGCUGCAGGGUGCAGACAGCUGGGAACAUGCCUGCAGCCCUGCUGGGCAUGUCUGUGGGGUCAGCACAUCCCAGCGCUCCUCUCCCCAUCCUCUCCCUUCCCCGUUCCUGCCCCAUGCCUCAGCCCGAGCCUCAGGCACAAGCCAGCGGGGGACAGGGAGGGGGACCAGGCUUGUGAGAUGGCUGGGAACCUACCAACACCUGCCUGCAGCUCCCUUGCCAUUCUGCUCACGUCCCCAUCCCCUGAAAGGAUUGAUGCAUCUGCCUGUGAGCUGUUGUGAAAUGCAGAGGCUGAAGAAUAGCUCCACAGGCAGCCCCGGGAGGAGGGGGGAAGGAGGGGAAGGUGCCUUCAGGAGCAGACGGCUCAGCGGAUGGCCACAGCGGCCAGCCUUGCAUCUCAAUGAGGAGAAAGGCCUGACAGGCAGCGACAGGGGUGUGGGGACAGGCAGGGAGGGACAGCAGCAUCCUCACCAUAGCCCAUCUCCCCGGAGCGGAAAAUAAUCCCGACCUGGGGAAACACUCACUCGGAUGCUGAAUCCUGCCUGUCCGGACUGGGCUGAGAAUGCAAAACCUUUCUGGGCCUUUUUUUCAUAUGGAUAAUGGAGGAUGAGGGGGAACCUCAGCUUGGCAGCUGCUCUCAGGAGGCAGGGAGCGGGUGGCACAGGCAUUGUCAAGGCAAUUUUGAGAAGGCAACGACUGCCAGCACAGAAAUAGCCUGCUCGGAUGUGGCACUUGUGGAAGGCAAUGCAGAUGGGGGAAGAGGGGACAGAGAAGGGAUCUUGGCUCCCUCCCCAUGGCCAGAGUAAUAGUGGUGUCCAGAAUGCAAAGGGAGCUAGGUGACUGGUUACAGCCUGCACUGAAAGAGAUCUUGCAUCCUCUCCCCAUCCCCCCUGUCUCCUGACAAUCAGUAUCUUUCACUCAUGGCACUGGCAUGACCUGUCUGAUGGCUUCAGAGAGAGGCAGGGGACACUGCUAAAGGAGGAUUGUGGUGGCAACAGCAGCUGUGGGUUUAUUCUGUGCUUGUGUAGUGAGCACUGCAAGCCUGGGGUGGGAGGUGAUGGGUGGCAGUAGCCACGUGGGAGGAAGGACAGAACUUUCCUCUGCCUGUUAGAGAGAUCUGGGCUAGUGGGACAGACUUGUGCCAGUGGGCCUGGGCAGAGUGCCACUGGACAGGCACCAGGUGCUCUCAGCAUCACCAACGAUGGCCUGGUCAUGGACAAGGGUGUGGGCCAGCACCAGGAACUCUGUACCAUGCUGCCUCUCCAUAGCAGGAUCUUGCUCUUUUGGGAAAGGAUAUCCUGCCUACUUAGGUCCAACCUUGAAAUGGGAAAAGACUGGUUAAAAGGUUGCUGGCCCAGCCUGGCUCCCUUUUUCUGCUGGGUGCUUUGGCUGAAAGGAUUGGAGAUUCAGCACAGGGAGAGAACAAGCAAUGGCUAUUAAUUGUCCAGCAUCUCCAGAAGAAAACCCUUUCCUGGGGCAGCCUAUCUCUUACCCCAAGUGACUUUUUGCUCUUGUGGCUCUCAGGCCCUGUGCCAGGUUGUGCAAGGCCACAAUUUUGUCCACCCUUCUCUCUCACUCCCAUGCUCUCGUUUCUCUUUUGGCCAAUGUCAUGGGCUUUUACACCAUGAAGUCACCUACAGACACUGGUUCCCAGCUGAUGAGAUUCCCUCCUCACAGCUGCACAGCAGCUACAUCCUCCCUUCCUCACUUCUUUCCUCCUUCCCCUCCUCCCCAGCACCACCACCCUGUCCCUCCACCACCCCUUUGUACUGUCACAACAACGAGGUGAGCUCAGGAGCCGUGUGACACCGAGCCUUGGCGCUGUGUGUUUAGGGUUAGGUAGCCUGUGAGGAGAGCCUGUGGAUCCCCAGAAGAUGGUAAGGGCUGAGACAAUGCUCAGGCUCUGGCUGCUUUGCUCUUAGCCCCACCACGUGCAGUGACUGCCUUGGAGAAAUGUCCUUUUGUCAGAGUUAAUUGUGAACUGCUGCUCAGAAGAGCUGGAUAAGCUGCAGUUCUGUGCUGUGACAGCUGCUCUGCUGCUGCUCUGGCCCCCUUGGCCUGUCAUUGUUGGAUGGAGGUUUGUUGGGAGCAAAGAGAAGAUUGCUUUUUGUUCAAAGACAUGAUAGAAACUGCUGCAUCCCUUCUUGACAGUUUUGGAGGGGAAGAGGGAAAGCAGCUGUGCUGCAUUCCUGGUGACCACCCUGAGACCUCAUUUCCAGAAGCACCUUUCCUGGAGCAGAAGAGAGCUUCCCAUCAGCAUGGACAGGUGAUCUUCCCUGCAGGAACAGGGGCUCUGUCAUGGGGCUGUGUGUGAGGGGGAGAAAAGCAGAUUUUGGGGGAAACCCUCACAGAGUAUCAACAUCAGAGUGUGUGAAGUCAAAGAGAAAUGGGUUCAUGCUUCUUUAUUUCUCAGAGGGAUACUUCUCUAUGCCCUGCCUCUACUCAGAGCAGAGAGCUAUCCCUGCUGCCUGGGAACACCGACAUGUCUCACCCAGCUCUGGGGCAAGCCAGGCCAAAUUCCCAGCACAUCCAGACCUUCCCACCGCCCAGCCCCUUCCAUCUGCAGUUUUCUCAAGGGACUUGUGAAAGGGAUGUGGAAGGAACAGCAGUCUGAGCACAGAUGAGAAUGGGCCACAGGGUCUUCCCUGUCCCAGCUGUAUGCUGCUCCCUAAAAAUUAACAUUGUUUGCACCAACUCAAUCACCCAAGGGUGUCACUGAAGUGAUGCUUUCUUGGAAGUGAAGGUGCUAUUUUGGUGCAUGGUACAGGUGGAAAUUUUGUGCCAGGGCUGCAAACUGCAGGCAGUGAAUGUGGCUCCAGCCUCAGAGUCUCAUAAGUGACCUGGUUUGUUUUCUCCUGCUUUUAUUUUUCCUUCCACCCCAGUCUGUCAGGUUGCAAGACAGAAGCUGAAAUGUAGCAAAGGGAAGAGAUGCAGACUAAAAGGCCAUCCUGUCUCCUGCAAAACUUGCCCAUCUGACCUUUUUAGAUGUCCCUCAGUGCAUGGAUUUUGGGGGGUGAAAAAGUGUGAACUGCCUAUCCUUGGGUCUGCAGGGUGUUGAAUUGCAGACAGGUGACUCUGGGAACUGCUGCCCAGACAAAUGUUCAAACUGGAAUGCUUUUAAAGAGGCUGCUUGCUUGAGAGACAUCGUUAGCUUUGAGCUGUUUGCUUGUCCCCAGGAGUGGGUGGAACAAGGUGGGAAAAUAUGUGGAGGAAUAAAAGAGCCAAGGAAAGGGAAAAGCUGGUUUUGGAAGGCAACUGAGUAUCUUGGGUUGGGAAAUCAAGACAGAUUUGGGGAGCGUGGUGUAGAAUUUAAAGUAGCACAAUGGAUACAAGCAAAAGCAAAACAAAAUAGCAAUGUACUGCAGCUCCAGGAAAAGUUAGCCAUGAAACUGGGAAAAUACUGGUUUAAAAAUGAGGCAGAAACCAAUAAAAUCAAGGGACCAUUUAUGCAGGUGGGAAACAAAAUCACUAGUCUUUGUGCUUUUUUAUGAUUUUUUUUCCUAUAAGAAAUUUUUUCCUAUAAGAAAAUGUGACUGAAAGAAUGUCUGAGAAGUUAUGCUUUUUCAGGGGCACAGACAGAAGUAUAAUGCUAUAUGAGCUGUUUCCUUUCAUGUGAAAGGCUCUCAUUUCCCAGAACUCAAAUGUAUAGAUUUCCUCAGUUCAGGACAUGGUUUGAAGAAUGCAGGCACAGUCACCACGAGCCCCCAAACCCAGAGGUAGUUCUGAACACUUGAUCAGCAUUUAUUCAUGUACCAGUCUGUGUAAAGACAGUAUUUUGUUCAGCAUGUUAUCUUAAGAAGUUUUUUAAAAAUCUUUUUAAUUUCCUCCCUCCCCAGGGAGUAUCUACAUCCUUUCCUGAUCUGGCCAGGAAUCAGCUGAAGCACUACAGCCAUGGCUUGUACCCAAUGUUUUCAUAACAGCUCUAGGUGUGUUCUCUGGUUGUAAGGCAAUGAUGAGAAUAACAAGGGGAAUAAAGGAGGCCCUGGCUGUGAUACCACGCUGUGGUGGCUCCUCUGAUAGCUGGGAGGCUCUGGACAUCAACAGGGCUCCUCUGCUAUGAGACUCACAGGCACAGGCUGUUGUUUUAUUCUCCAUUUACAUUCAGGGCUUUCUGAUGGAUGGUGGGCUCAUGGAGCCUUGGCAUGACGGUGGUGUCUCCAAAUGAGUAUCAAAAAUAGAAGAAGAGAAAGUUCCCCUCUCAGCACUGCUUUUCAGGAGUGGAUAGACUUGCUUAACUCUAAGGCAGCUUCUCCACUCCCGCACUAAGGCGUCUCUUACAUCAGUACCCAUUUAAUGUUUACAUAGCCGCUAAAUCCUAAAAAUUCUUUUCCCUCUGCUGCUGUCCUUGAAAGCAGAGAUGCUGAAUUUCAAGCCUGGAGAAAGUAGGUGUUUUCAAAACAUCUGUUCUGGCUGGCAGUGUCAUAAAUGACACAGGCAGAGAUGUCAGUCGCUGCUCUGGGAGGAAUGGAGGAGUAUUCCAUCUCUCCUGUGCCUCUUUUUCCUUUCCAAUGCAACACUGAGCCAUGAAACCGCUCCCUGAGAGAAGUGAUUGGAGUCCUACUGCUUGCAAUUUUGAAAAACUGAACUGAGGAAAGAGAUAAGAGACUGAAGAGAAGGAAGGACAGAAUAUUCCAGCUUUCCCCAACAGCUAAAUAAGCUGUUAGGUCGGUUUCCUGUUGGUGGUUUGGGUUUCUCAUGGACCCAAUCUGACAUCUCUUCAAACUAAAGAAAUGACCACUGGUUCUCCUCCUCCCUUCUGCUAUUCCCACAAUUUUAGCAUCUCUGCAAGGGGAAAAGAGGCAUCACAAAUCUAACCAUCACUUCCCCACUGUCAGGAGUCCUCCACAGGAACUGCUCUCCCUUCCAGCACAAGUAUCUGAUCCCACUGCUGAAAACUGGAACAGUUGUUCUGAGGGGAGUUCAACUGCUGAACUACUGGCUGCUUAGGACAAGGUCCCAGCAGGGAAGGGCUGAAAUACCUCUAAAGAAAAUCAUAGCUCUGGGAGGUCCAAAUGUCUUCUUGCAUGCUUUCUCUUGCUCUCUGCUGGCUCCCAGCCUCUCCAGUCUUUGCUGCUUGAUACUCAGAUAACUGAGUUUCUGCAUUCCCUCUCUUUCCUGAGCUCAGAGGACUGGUGAAGCUGUUUGAUUUCAAUGUGGUAGGUGAGAUCAGAUUUCUCCCUCCAUGCCCUCUUCUUUUUCUCCCUGUGCAGCUCCUGUCCUUGCACUUCCCAGGACUUGACUAGCAGAGUUUUUAAAUGAAGUGAAAGUCUUAAUGUGAGGUGAAUCCCAAGACCACAAACAGUUUGGACUUCAAACAGUGAGAAAAUUGGCGCCGGAUGAUUCCGCACACAAAGCAGAAAACUUUCAUUUCCUGCAGGCAGGAUGGAAUUGACUGUUAUAUUAAGACUUCAGAAGGAGCACUGCCCUGGAGUAAUUUCACUGCUGUCAGGCAGUGUUGACAUCUAGAUUAACCUCUGUGCAGUGAAUUUUACAGCAACGCUCAUUGUAAUGCAUGUGGGGUAUCUCCUGUAAAUCCCAGCUGAAGCCCACAGUGUCCCACCCUUCUGCACAGGAGGAAGGGUCGGGGAGCAGCCGCUAUCAUUUUUGACCCCAGCAAAGCAUGACUCCAACCUCAUCCAGGCCAGUUCUGCUGAAACUGAUUUUCUGCUGUGCUAAAGUGACAAUAGCUCUGCCCUAUAUAUUUUUUUCCUUCUAAUUCCCCAAAGAGGUUUACAUCACAAGGCUGAAUUUUUUUGCCAGUGACAAACAGCUCCCUUCAUGUAUCCAGCCAGCAGUACAGUCCUAAUUAAAAGGCACUAGUUAACUAGUGGCAAUUAGCUACUUGCACUGAUUAACUCCAAGACAUACAAUCCCCAAACACAAAGCUCUGAUCAGAUGUGAUCUAAAAGGCAGACAAACUCCCAGCUGAUGUGAGAUGGUGGCAUCCAAUCCUGCUCACCAGCACACAGGCACACAAUGAACGCUGCCUACCAAACCAAAACUGCACGAAUUAAAGAAAUUCACACAGUUAACUCAGUGCAAGUCAGAGAAUAUUGCAAAAGAAGCCCCUUGGCUCCAGAAAUGAACGCUCCUGCUGAUAAAUUAGAAGCAUAGACCUGACCCCGAGUCCUUCUGUCUUUUGCUGUAGGAGGAGAUUGAGCAGUGGGAUUUCCCAAGCAGGAUCACAACAGCUUCCUCACUUUUAUGCUGGCAGAGACUAUCCUGUCUGUGGUUCUUUAGAUUCUGAGAUUCACUGAGAUUCACUUUGUGGGAAAAAAACACCAAACAGUAGCAUAUAAAAAAAUACAGAAAAGGAAGGGAAGGUCUCUUUGUGUGUUUUUGCCACACCUGCUUAUUAAUACCCUUACUUCCUACUCAGACAUUGCUCUGCAGUCGUCUGCAGGAGGUUUUCUUGGCAAGAGAAAAGCUAUCAGUGCUGAAGAGAUCAAACAGUAGCCCUGAGGGCAAAAUCUUGAUAGUACUUCUAGAAAUCUCUUUCAGAGCCCAUCCCUCCUCUCACCCACAGCUCUUCAUAGCAGGCUUACCAUUAUAUUUGCCAAGGAUUUUGGACAGCUUGUGAAGAGGAGACAUAUCUUCAGUUUCCCCUCAUCUUCAGAAGGAAUUGUGACAUUUCUGUAAUUCGACCCAUCAGGAAGAUUCCUUCAAACUAACAUUUAUUACCCCCAAUCAGAAUACAGCUAAAAAGGCUACCCAAGGUUAUGGAAAAGGUCAAGCUUUUGCUUUGGACUGGAAUUUGCUUUGGAAGGAAUUUGAUGGACCAAUUUAACCACCACAGCACAUCAAAACCUGGUGGCUUCAUUUAAAAAGUAAUCAGUAUUGUAUUUCGCUUUAGACAUCCGUGCAUUAGUGUUCUGCAAAUAUGAUUUCCUCUUUGUUUGCAUUAUUGAUGCCAUAAAAUGUCAGACACAUUAAAGAAAAAAAAUAGAGGCCAACCUUUGGGGUUUGGAAUGAUUCUGGCUGAAUUGCAGUUGGGUUACUUUCCUUUUUAUUUCCCAUGGCAGCGAUGCACUGUUACUCAUUCUGCUAUUGUUUUACAAAGAGUUCUCUGUUAAGUGUAUUUAUUCAGACAACCAUGUUUCAGGAAACACAUAACCUUGAUAUUUUUUGCUGCAUGUGGCAGCGUGUGUGAAUGUGUGCUGGGGAGAGGAGGGGAGGUGGAGCUGUUUGCAAGAGCCCUCCCAUGUCUGGUAGUGUGUUGGCUUUGAGCAAUGCUGCAUGAAUCCCUCCUGCUCAGGUGCCUGGUUUGAUUUAACCUCAAGAACUGACUUUUGUAAUCAGGAUUUGAGGUCUUCUGGUUUAGCACUGCCCAGAAUCUGUCAUCUGCUCUCACCAUUCAGCAGCCAUCUGCUAUCCACAGAGGUUCCUGGAUGUCUAUGCCACAGAGAUUACACAGUAAUUGAGUCUCAGGCAUGCGAUAGAGGAGUUUUAGCUCAUUCUGAUCCUGGACCAACAGCAAGUUUGCUGAUUUAGCUUGGUUCCCUCCCAAGGUUCAGUGACUACAGUUCCCAAGACAAAUACUCUUAGCUGCUCAGUGCUUUUUCUCACAGACUGUUACAAGUACAGGCCUUGGCAGCUGUAGCUCUCUGCCUCACCUCUCUAUAAUGAAUGUGGAUCCAUUUUCAGUGUUCCUGGGAAUUUAUUUGAAGGAUAUUCUCCCUCCUAAAAUCUAAGAAAUUCUCACGCAUUCUGUCGUCUUGAAAGUAAAAGUGAAGAAAUAAGGUGGAAAUAUCUCCCCUGUGUAGAGAUUUUCAUCACUGGUAAAAUUUCAGCUUUUCCUCCUGGUGACAGCAAGACUUGGGUGCAGGGGGAGAAGAAUACAGUGGAGCAGUCUAAGGAAAGGACUCAGCUAGGACCUAGACUGCAAAGUCAUCUGUUCACCUACUGAGCCAUCACCAGCUUCAUACAGGAAGAGAUCCCCAGCUUUUCUUGAGCUUCAGAUUUCUGCCCAGCUCUCUUGUUCCUACUCCAGUUCUGAGGAAUGACCUUCAGAUGACCUUCAGAUCUCCUUAUCUUCACAGAACCUUCCCAGGGAUAUCCAAACAGCCCAAAGAAGUGAUGACAGGGGCUGAAUGGGUGUGUAAUUCAGUGUCUUUCUCUCCCUUUUUCAUCAGGGGCAGAGAUAGUGAAAGUGACAGAACAGAAAAAUUAUUUUCCCCAACAGCAGUGAUCCAGUUUCUUUUUAAACUCCGAAAUUUAAGAUGCCAUACAGCAAUACCUAUAAAUAUGCCUUGAAAUGUUGAAUGAGCACAAGAGUAUAUUUGAUUUUGUUUUUAUGCCUGUAAUUUCUCUCACCAAGAAUUCAGCCGUUACUCAGCUCCCAGCAGGUUGUUCUGAUUGCUGGAGAGAUGGUUGGGAUUGAUUCCGGCUGCGACCUGUUCCAGUCCAGCCUCAUUCUUAUGUAGCUAGAUUGAAACAAUAGAAAUCAGCAAGAGACUGAAUUGUUGUUCCUGUGUAACUGAACCUUCUUGUGCAACUCCAGGCUAAAUGCUGAAGGCGUUGAUGACCCACAACUUUGAAGUCAGUGAAGGCUGCAGAUUCUGAGAGGCACUGAACAGGUCUUAGGAACAGAACAGCAGGAGAGAGAAAGAGAAAUGCUACAAGAGGGAAAAAAAAACCCCAACAAACAUUACAUCAAAAAAGACAUAACAGAAGAAAAUCCACUGCUGUACAUGAGAAAAGACACAGAAUAUUCACCCUGGUAACCAAGAACUUUGGCCACCAGGACAAGAGCAGUUCUAUAUCCUAGAAACCUCCUCUCACUUUAAUUUCCUUUUUAUCCUUCGCCUGCUAAUACAGAGAAAAUCCUGGCUUAUGGCCUUCCUGGAAACUGAAAUUAAGAGGCAGAUUUGGGAGAUGAUGAGAGAGACCAGAUUCUGCUGGAUGAUACAACAGCUUUAUAGCCCAGCACCUUUCAGUAGCAAGUGCUUGGAGUGCCCUUUCUUUUAUUUAUUUAAUUAUUAUUAUUAUUAUUACAACCCCUAACUGGUGCAAGUAGCGUUCACAAAGAGCCUAAAACAGUUCAGUCCCCAAUCUCUCGGUGAGAUGGAGAUUUCAGCGGACGGACAGGCGUCGUGACCGCGUCCCUGCGGAUCAGCACCGCGGACAGCGGCACGGCCCGGCCCGGCGCUGCGGCCGCCGCUGCACGGUGCGACUCUGAAGGAACCCCGUCUUUGAAGGAAUCAUGCCCCAAUCAUGCCCUCAUUGCCCAGGGAAUGCUGUCUCACCCUUCGUUAGUUUCUCUAGUGUGAAAUUAUUAUCUGUUAUCUUGUUUUCAAGUGAUGGAGGAGGGAUGGUUUAAAACACAAACCAAUCAUUCCGGUGCAAGCGAGAACCCUUUUUUCCUUCAGAGUUAAACUCUCUGCCUCACUUUUUCCUGCACUGGUGUUCCACCGGUGAAGGCUCCAUCUCUAAUUUGGAUUGUGAAAGGUUCUUAUCUUCUCAUCCAUUGAGACAGUUUGACAAAUGGAGAAAUAUUACACUGGUAGCCCUUUAGAAGCAGAAUCCUUAUUUUAUUGGAAGCAUCAUGUGAUUCAGAUUUCAGCCAUCAAUUGCAUUUACUGUUGGUAAAGGGUAAAAAAGACAAAUCUCUUUGAAAAUUGCAAGUAAGGGACAUAUAAAGAAUGCUGUGGCCAGUGAAAGUUAUUUUCACAAAAAAAAAAAAAAAAAAAGAAAAAAAAGAAGCCACUUUACUGUGUAGAGGAGGCUUGUCAGAAUCAUAGGAUCAUAUAAAGGUUUGUGUUGGAAAAGACUUCUAAAAAUCACCUAGUUUCAACUCCCCUACCAUGGCCAGGGACAUUUUCCACCCAACCAGGUUGCACAAAGCCCUCUCCAUCCUGGCCUUGAAGAGCCAGACAAAGAUGAAGAGCCAUGCAGACACCAACAGGCAGGACUCCAAAUGGAGAAGCAGUCUUAUCUUGCAGAGAAAAAAAGGCAAGUGUCUCAGCGUUCAUCUUGCUCAGCUACAUAUUUGGAAUUUCAUCCCACAGGUAUUCCUGGACCAUACUAAGGAAGCUAUACCCUCAACUUAGGGUUGAACACGUCCUGGACCUAUUCAUUGUGGUGAGAAGCUGCUGGGCAGGACCAUGCAGGCUCAUUAUGUGCCUGAAAAAUUUAGUGUGAAGAAGAAGAGCCAGAAAAGUAGGCCAGAAAGUUGGGCUAUUCCCCCCACUCAACAUAUGCUGCUUUCUAGAUGCAGCUUCCUCUGUAUCCCACCUCCCACACACUCCCCAGCUGUGUCUGGAAGUUACUACAGUGGGACAUGUGGAUGGACACUCAGAGACAGAGGGCUGGGAAGUGCCUGAGACACAAGACUUCAAAUCUUGUAAGUAGCAAUACUGAAAAUGAGGGAUCAGGCUUCUGAUGCUUAGGGCUGUCUGGAAGUCAGAAAGGAUGAGCUUGCAGGGGAUGGCAAAGAUAAUUUUAUAAGGGGCUUAGAGAACAAAUGAUGCUAAGAGGAGGGAUCAAAGAAGUCUACUGGGACACAGGGAGAGGAAGGAAAAGGACAAUGACCUGGUUCCCAGUGAAGGGUCAGUGAUCAAGAGGUGGUGAAAGUCAGGCAAGAACUGUGGUGAAGCAGAAGACAGCCCUGGUUGGAGAAAAACUAAAGAUGUCAGGAAAGAGUCCCUACAGAGUGAUGUGUGCUCAUCUGAAGGAGUCCUGAAGGUUUCUUCAAACCUUCAGUUCUGCUGGGCUUCCUCCAGGCCCACAUUGUCUGCUUCAAACCCAAUAGACACCAUAACUCUAACUGCAUUUAUUUUAUUCUCUGGCAGCUCUGGUUUCAGUACUAACAGUCUAAAUAGUUUUAGUUCCCCUCAAUCCUCCCGUUCAACCCCUGCAACCAGCUAAUUCCUUGUGUGAAGGAGAACUGGCUUUUUUUAAGUUUUCUAUUAUUUUUUUCUCAGAAGUGUCCAUUAAAUUUUCAGCUAAACUGGAAAGCAAUUUUUUGCAUGAGAGCUUUACAUAGAUAGGCUUAAAGCAGAACAGAAAUAAAUAAAUAACUAUACUAAAUUACCUCCCCCUCCCCCACCAUGUCUUAAUGAAGUGCUGUUUUACAUAAGUUAUUUCAAGAGAAAUGAAGUAUUUUUGGGCAGGCAAGCGAUCAACAUUUAUUUAGGUUUCCAAGAGUGUUGCAACUCCCUCUGAGUCUUCUGGGUCAGGCAGAGAGGCAAGUUUUCCCCAGUUAAAGACUGAGGAUACAAAACCUUCUUGGGUGGAGGCUGUCUUGGGGUUUUCAGGAUGUUUGGGAAUGUUUUUAGGGGCUGCACUGUGCGCUUGCCCCUGGUAAUGUCUGCAGGGUUUGUGUGUUGAAGCAGUGCUGUCCAUCAGUGGUUUGUGUGGCAGCGUGAUGGCCUAGGCAGAAAAAUCACUCUGAUUUCCAGUGCUGGCCUCAAAAAACCCCCAUGCACCUUCCAGAAAUCUGCAAGGAUAGAGUUCAUUUCCAGGAAACUGCUCCUCCUCCCAGCUGAAUUGCCCUUCAGCAGUGCAGGCAGGCUUGGCCACAGAACGUGCUGCUCCACAGCUCACUCUGGCAGGCGAGCUGUUUCUGACAGGAGGAUGGGGCUACAGCUCAGAGGAAAGACAUUUUGAUGGCAUUUAUGUUGUUACUAUUAUUUAAAACAGCUUAUUUUAAUCUCUGCUAAUGUCACAGAAAGUCUGCACGAGCACAAAACAAAUCCUCUGGUGAUCUAUGCUGAAUUGAUUUUUAUUUUUUUGGCAGACUUUUUUUACACUAUGCAUCAAUCCACAUUUUCUUAGUCUGGGGCUUCUUGUGCAUCUUAUGAAUCCUAUUUGCCAUUUUGCAAGUGAAUUGAUGGUUCUCAACCUUCUCCAAACCACAGUCUCCCCUUCUCCAAACCAAACUUCACCAUUUUCUCCUGCUGGGAACAAGCCAGGUUACCCCUUAGGGGAGAAUCUGGUGAGAGCAAGGAAGUUGUGAUCUCUGCCUGCCCACCCCACCUCCACUGGCUCCAGCUCAGAGGAUGAGGAACUCUGAUCUGAGUUUUGGCCAAGGUAGGGUCCCUGUUUGUCCCCUACCUGCCACAUCAAGUGCAUCGAGCGCGCUGCUACCCAGGAAGGGGACGACUGAUACAGCGUUAGUCACAUUUACUGAAGAGUUUUUAAAUUAAGAAUUUGCAGUGAGGUCCAGGGACCUGUUAAAGUGCUGAGGUAUUUACCCUCCCCAGACCUUCCCUUCCUUCCUGCCCUGCUUUGGCCCUUCCUCUCUCCCCAGCCUUGAAAUGAAACAGAAAAUUAUUUUUUUAAAACUGUGUCGAUAAUUUAUGUUUAGUAUAAAGGAUGAUUUAAUGGCAUCACCAAAGGUCAUUUUUUUCAUCUCCGUGUUACCAGCCCAGCCCCAGAGGCUGUGCAUCCCCUCUUCCCCAUGACUCAGUGCCCUCCCUUUCAUCCACCUCACACGUCCCCUGUCACCCCCACCCCAGCGUUCCACGCACCCGACGCCUGCUUCAGGUUCAGCCAAUGACCGAUGGAGAACAGAGAUUUCAGACCGAAACCUCCACUCCAGACCACCCCAAACUGGAACCAUUUCCACCUUGAAAACAGUCAGUUGCUGCAAAUGCCAGGCAGACUCAUUUCUUGAAUUAUGUAAGGUUUUUUUUAAAGCCUUUUAUACCUAUUUACGUGUGCGUGUGCGUGCACCGAGUGUGCACAGUGGUACCUGUGUGCACAGAUGCACACAAAUCUCUCUCAAGUAUAAAUAUAUUGUAUGUUAGAGCUGUAAAUACUCCUUGGUCAUGUGUCUAUGUCUUCUUCAAAGUAUCAUAUCCUCAGUGUUACGUUAACAACUCCAUUUAUUGAUUGAUGAAACUAUGUGUAGACCUGUACCCUCCUGACAUAGUUUAUGUAGCUCUCUCUUCUCAAAUAAAGUACAAAACUACCACCA